AACGAAGCAGCUCCACCAACACCGAAACAACCGGUCAUAACAAGAAACAGAUUAAUAUCUAAUACUUUCGAGGUAAAUUUCGAGAGAUUUGUACAGGUAGCUGCAAAAACAUAAUUGUAAAAAGACGUGGACUCGGAGUCGGUUCUUUAAUUCCAGGCUUUAAGAAAUGGCACACUUGAACAAAAUGGCGGCUUCCAUACAGAGCAUCGUAAGAACAGCUUGUCGCAUCUCUUCAGUAGUUUUACACAGAACCCAACAAGCCCAGAAAGUUCAUAAUGGAGUCAGGGUGCUGUUCGUCUCACCAAAUGUGCGACACUUCUUUAGUUCUGCUAAAUUGAGCUCAUCUGAUGGAGUUGCUGGUGUUCUUGAUCCUGUGGAAACUCAUUCCCGUUAUAAAGACAGACCAUGGGAGUAUUUAGAAAGUGAAGAGUACAUAGAACGCUAUGGAUCCAAACCUGUAUGGGCAGACUACAGAAGAAACCAUAAAGGGGGUAUACCACCACAAAAGACUAGAAAGACCUGCAUUAGAGGAGAGAAGAUUUGCGGUAACCCCUGUCCAAUCUGCCGUGAUCCAAACCUCAUUAUCGAUCAUCAGAACUUUAACCUGCUACAGCAGUUUAUAAGCCCUCAUUCAGGAAUUGUGUACGAUCCUACUCGCACUGGUGUUUGUAUAAAGCAACAGAAAAUACUUAACAAGGCGAUCGAAACUGCAAGAGAACACGGUUUGAUUCCUUCCCAGCUACCUGUUGUGGACUUUUCUGGAGAGGAUUUCUCAAACUCCCAUGGUGCAGUUGGGUGUACACCUAUGCCACCUUCAUAUACCCAUGGUGAACCGUGGUACAACUGGUACAGUGAUAUAACACCAGAUGAACGGGAACUGGCUCGAGUGAAGAAGAUCUACAAAGCCUACCUGAAGUAGAAAACAAUCUUUUUGUUGCACAUUUGAUUAGGUUAUUUAUGGACAGAAUAAAUCAUGGAUUGUAAAAGAUCUGUCAAACUGUAUUAAUCCAGGACUGAAGUUGGUAUGUUGGGAAAACUUGGUCUGCUUUGGAGUAAAAAUAUUCAAAUGUGAGACUGAACAUACUGACUAUAAAAGAUGUAUCAUUAAUGGCAUACACAGUGAUCUUUAAUAAACGACUCAGUGCUUACUGAGGAACAAAUGUACCUAUAUUAUAUCCAUUACCACAUAGUAAACCAUUAUUUUACUUCGUUAUUAUUCA